AUGCUCCGGACGUUCGCCACCACCUCCAUUCCUUCCCCGGCCCCGUUGUCUUCGGGCGUGCGUAUAUCUUUGACCGCCCCCCUCAGUCGUUCUGCUCUGUCCUCCAUCCGCACCGGUCUCGAAUUUGCCUUUUCAGAGCAAGAGAAUGUUUUUGAUCCUGCAGAGACUCAUGCGGCCGUACUCAUCCCGUUCUGCAACGUGAACAACGUCCCAGGAAUUUUGUUCGAAGUACGUGGCAAGCUGAGGACACAUUCGGGCGAGGUUAGCUUCCCGGGUGGGCGAAUGGACGAGGCAUACACUCUGUCAGCUGCGUUGCGUGAGACAGAAGAAGAAAUUGGCAUACCUCGGGACCGAGUUGAGAUCCUAGGCCGUCUAGGUCCCCCUCAAACCUCCCUGAGCGGCUUACGAGUCUGGCCAUAUGCUGGGUUUGUCCAUGCUGAAAGCCGGCCUUCCUCGAUGGCCAGUGGCACUUCGCCCGUGACGUACCCUCCGACGUCAGAGUCCACGGACGAAUUCCCACUUCCUUCACUCUCGCUUGCGGACUUGAGACUUAAUCCCCAAGAAGUCGCGCACGCUUUUCAUUUACCUCUGACAGCACUGGUGUCUCCACCGCGACUACACUCCUACCUUUUUCGUGGUGGACUCCCAUAUUAUGCGGUCAGUGUGGCAGAUAUCGUCGCUGGUCCCGGAGCCGUUCACUCGGAUAGUGAUGCGCCUGUGCACUGGGUAAACGACAUCGCGCAGCGCGACGAGAUCGGCGGUGGACGCGAGGGGCGACUGGAAGUCUGGGGACUGACAGGAUGGUAUCUUUGUGAAAUCAUGCGCAUUCUGGGGGUGUACCGUCCACAUUCUACCGAACGAUCAACUCCCCCGUGA